CCAGCAACUGUAGCUACAGUUCAGCCCUAAGAGCCCCGAGGAGGGCGAGUUGAUCGGCAACUAGGCAGAGAAAUAGCUUGAGGACCUGGUAUUGAGAAGUGAUGCUCGGUGCAGGGAGAGGCUGAGGUGUGGGGUUGGCUUUUGCCCCUUGGCAAUCCUCUUGAUGCCUGCUGGAGCAGUACAUUGAAGGGCGAUUAGCAUCACAGGUCAGCAUUGGGGGGGACAUCUCAGGUCCAGGGAAGCCCUGCAGGACUGAAUACCUUUGUUUCCUUUAGUGUUUUUUUUUGAGACAGGGUUUCUGUGUAGCCCUGGCUGUACUGGAACUAACUAGCUUUGUAGACUAGGCUGGUCUUGAACUCACAGAUCUGCCUGCCUCUGCCUCCCAAGUGCUGGGAUUAGUGCUGGGAUUAAAGGUGUGUGCCUUUAGUUGUUAACUAAGGGAAACCGGCAGCUUUUUGUGGCUUCGGCAAAAACAGAGCCCGGGAGGAAGGGUUGGCGCCAACAGGCUGGCUGUGGUUGACAGCUGGCGUCUCACGAUGUAGCGUUACUGUCCUUGCCGAAACCUACUUCGUGGGAAGUAGAGGUUUUCCGUUUUCCUUUUGGAAAAUGAAAGAAGCCAACUGAUUUCUGUAAUCAUGAGAUGCAGAACUAUAGGUCACACACCAGGGCAUGUGGUGGCCACAGGAAUUUGUCUCCCUUCACUGGUCUGGGCGCUCAUCCAGGGAGCUGGUGAAUGGUGGAGCUAUGGAGACACCUGAGAUUACAGCCGUUAGGGAUGGGCUCCCAGGGUCCUCAGAUGCCUGUGUGCCUGUAGACUGUCCAAGAUGAUAGAUCUCUGGAAGCUUGGAGAGAUGUCCAGACGGACACAGGGGAAAUAGACCAAGACGUCACAGAGGAAACAGAACCCCCAGCCUCACAAAUGAGAAGACUUCCCUGAAGGCAUCUAGAGGUCUUCACUCCUGGAGUGAAUCUAGAACUGUGGAGGAUGGAGUCCUUAGACCGGAGAAGAACUGGUUCUGAGCAAGAGGAGGGCUUUGGGGUGGAGGCCAGGAGGGCCACGGAUCUGGGCAUGGUCCCCAAUCUCCGGCGAAGCAAUAGCAGCCUUCACAAGAGCAGGAGGCUUCUGUGCCCCUUCAUUGAGAAGCAAGAAAACCUCAGCUCAUGGAUUCCUGAAAACAUCAAGAAGAAGGAAUGUGUGUAUUUUGUGGAAAGUUCCAAACUCUCCGAUGCAGGGAAAGUAGUGUGUGAAUGUGGUUACACCCAUGAGCAGCACUUGGAGGUGGCCAUCAAGCCUCACACUUUUCAGGGCAAGGAAUGGGACCCGAAGAAGCAUGUCCAUGAGAUGCCUACAGAUGCCUUUGGCGACAUCGUGUUCACAGGCCUGAGCCAGAAAGCAGGGAAGUAUGUCCGGGUCUCCCAGGACACGCCCUCCAGUGUCAUCUACCAACUCAUGACCCAGCACUGGGGCCUGGAUGUCCCCAACCUCCUCAUCUCAGUGACCGGCGGGGCCAAGAACUUUAACAUGAAGCUGAGGCUGAAGAGCAUCUUCCGGAGAGGCCUGGUCAAGGUGGCCCAAACUACAGGAUGCACACUGGAGCCUAGAGGCAUGGCCUGUCUCUUUCCCCAGGGGCCUGGAUCAUCACUGGGGGGUCCCACACGGGUGUGAUGAAGCAGGUGGGUGAGGCGGUACGGGACUUCAGCCUGAGCAGCAGUUGCAAAGAAGGAGAAGUCAUCACCAUCGGUGUAGCCACGUGGGGCACCAUCCACAACCGAGAGGGGCUGAUCCAUCCCAC